CGCUGCCAUUACUGUGGUCGUUUAAAAAAAAAAAAAACGAAGAGUCGGGAGGGGCAGGGGGUGAAAAGGGAGCAAAGAGGAGCCACAAGGCGAGCGCUUAAAGGGGAAGCAGGGCUCAUAAAGUCAGGUCGCCCUGAAGGAGCCUCUUUUGGGGGGAGGCGGGCGGAGCAGGUACGAGGUGGCGAAAUGGACCAGUCGCUAGCUAACGGCGUGGGGCAGGAGCUGGCUAGCAAGCGCCUACAUUCAAGGAUGGAGGCCUCUUGCUUGGAGCUGGCUUUGGAAGGGGAGCGCCUGUGUAAAGUGGGGGACUUCAAAGGUGGGACGGCCUUCUUCGAAGCAGCUGUACAGGUUGGCACAGAGGACCUGAAGACUCUCAGCGCCAUCUACAGCCAGUUGGGCAAUGCAUACUUCUACCUGAAGGAGUAUGGGAAAGCCCUGGAGUAUCACAAGCAUGACCUCACUCUGGCCAGGACAAUUGGCGAUCGCAUUGGUGAAGGAAAAGCCAGCGGUAACCUGGGCAACACACUGAAAGUGCUGUGUCGCUUCGACGAGGCCGCUGUCUGCUGCCAGAGACAUUUGGAUAUCUCUCAAGAGCAAGCCGACAAGGUGGGUGAGGCCCGGGCACUUUACAACAUUGGCAAUGUGUUCCAUGCCAAAGGCAAGCAGCAGUUAUGGGGCUGCACCCAGGAGCCAGGAGACCUGCCCGCUGAUGUCAGAGACACGUUACAACGGGCUACGAGUUUUUAUGAGAUGAAUUUGUGUUUGGUGAAAGAACUGGGCGACCGUGCUGCUCAGGGCAGAGCGUAUGGCAACCUGGGCAACACGCACUACCUUUUGGGAAACUUUGUGGAAGCCAUCAAGUUCCACAGGCAGAGAUUAUCCAUAGCGAAGGAGUUUGGUGACAAAGCAGCAGAGCGACGAGCCUACAGCAAUUUGGGGAACGCUCUGAUAUUCCUGGGCCAGUUCAACACAGCCACAGAUUACUACAGGAAAACUCUGCACCUGUCACGGCAGCUGAGGGACCAGGUGAUGGAGGCCCAGGCCUGUUAUAGCCUUGGAAACACCUACACGCUUUUGCAGCAGUAUGACAGAGCCAUUGAAUAUCACCUUAAGCACCUGUAUAUUGCUCAGGAUCUCACAGACAGGGUUGGGGAAGGCCGAGCCUGCUGGAGUCUAGGUAACGCCUACGUGUCUUUAGCCAAUCACAAACAAGCGCUCCACUAUGCCCGAAAACAUCUGGAUAUCUCCAAAGAAAUUGGGGACAGGAAUGGUGAGCUGACAGCCAGAAUGAAUGUAGAACAGCUGAUGGAGGCAAUGGGUGUCAGUGAUGGUGACCUUUCACCUACUAGUUCAGAGUUUGAGAUGCAAGGAGCGAGGCCCAAAUUCACCAAGAGGAACAGCAUGGACAGCGUAGAACUGUGGAAAUUGUCUUCAUAUAAGAACGGCGAGGGCCAUGAGGUGGAAAGCAUACCCAGGAGGUCUAAGAGUCAGAUGCCACAGAUGGGAAAAAGAAAAGGUUUUCCUGAGAGCCAGUCAUCAGAUGACAGACCCUGGUUGGACUCUACUGUGGACACUGAUGACAUCACUCUACAAGUCCCGCCUCCAGUACAAAAACUUGGCCGUGACCCUUCCGAUGAGGACUGCUUUUUCGACCUGCUCAGCAAGUUCCAAAGCAGCCGCAUGGACGACCAGCGCUGCCGCCUCGAUGAACCGCAAAAUGGUGACUGCCAAGAAGGCGGGGAUCUGAGUGACAUGAUUGAUGCCUCAGUGACCACCUCCCCCCAGACAGAGGAGCUCUUUGAUUUGAUCGCCAGCUCUCAGAGUCGCCGUCUGGAUGACCAGCGCGUCAAUGUCGGAAACCUUCCGGGUCUCAGGAUUACCCAGAACAACCUGGGACACCUGGUGGGAGACGCAGAGCAGGAACCCAGCGACGACUUCUUUAACAUGCUCAUCAAAUGCCAGUCGUCUCGGAUCGACGACCAGCGGUGUUCCCCGCCCGAAGCUGGUCCCCAUGCCCCCACGGUGCCUGAUGAGGACUUCUUCAGUUUAAUUCAGCGGGUGCAGGCCAAACGCAUGGACGAGCAACGCGUCCACCUGUCCAAUGACGAGCAAGAUAGCCCGGGAGAGGAGUCGCUCGAUCCUGAGCAACCCGGUGGGAUCCCCAGCUAGGGAUGGGUGUGAGGCGGGGUCCCCCAUCUCAUGAGACAAUAAUAAACACGUGUCAACGCAGGCUGCUCGCGAGCAUAAAUGUCCACGUGCAACAGGUGGUGCCAUUUCAUUCAUAUGUGUAAGUAUAAUGGGGAAGCAUGUUGCAUUUUGCACGAUCAUGGAAUUUCUUCAACUGCCAUCACUCUUGAUAUUGUAACAUGAGAAGUGAUGCCUUAUUCAGCAUUUUCUUUUCCCAGACUUAAGAUUGUACUAAUAGAAGCACACCAACUCUUUAGGACUCAUUUGAAAUCUAGCGCUUAAUGAUUUUGCUCUGGAAUCUAAAGGCUGAUUUUUAUGGAAGUUACUAACACAUUUGAGG